AAAUCACAUCUUUUGCACUCGACGAUGCAGACGACUGCCCAGGGUACCAAUGAGGCGGCGCACGGCGAAUCUAUUGCCUCAUUGUCCCUUAAGGAUGGCGUAUCGACCUCCAACCAUAUCUCCGGACGAGUGGAUAGUGCUGCUGCUACUGGCCCUGCACUUGUCCCUGACGAGUUGGAGCGGGCACGCAGCGCAUCUGUACCCACAGCUCGUCGCCCGUUGACGGACUCUGCAUUGAACGGUAUCGAGAAGGAGCGGCGUGUGAGUGGCAAUGCCAUCGACGUCAUCCUUGUCAAGGGAAACGACGGCCGUUUCUACUCGACGCCGUGGCAUGUCAUGUUUUCAUGGUCGUCGUUCAAGACGAAUGCGCAGGCAGGGGUCGGCGACACCAUCGACGUGUACGUGAACGACCGGAAGCUUUCGCCGACCAUGACAUUAAUGGAGUACGGCCGAUGCACAUUCACACCAGACGAUGCCGACAACUUGUUGCCGCCCAUUUCGACAUGGGAUCGAUUUCCGCUGGUCGGGGAUGGACAGCCCAACUUUGUUCGGUUUGAACACGUUCGUGCGUCUCGGUCGUACAUUCGCACCGUGGAAUGCAAUCUGUAUGUGUGGGGGCCAGACGACUUUGCCGUGAUUGCCGACUUGGAUGGCACGAUCACAAUCGACGACGUCGGCGGCCACAUCCGCACCCUCCGGCUCGGCCAGUACGACUACAUCCACGCCGGAUCGUGCGCGUUCUUCUCCAAGCUGCAUGCCAUCGGCGCCCGCAUCUUCUACCUCACGGCGCGCCCCAUCAACUGGGCCGGCGGCUCCCGCAUGCAUUUGAAGGAAGCGCGUCAAGACUCGGGCCAGCAGCUCCCCCCCGGACCUGUGGUCACUAACUCACUUGGGCUCGCCGGCGCGCUGUUUGUCGAGGUGGUGCACAAGAACCCGAAUGUGUUCAAGGCAGGCGUGCUCAAGCAAGUGACGAACGCGAUGAAAGCUGCUGGACGCACCUCCGAGUUUCCAGUGUUCGUCGCGGGAUUUGGCAAUCGGCCCACAGACAUCAUGGCGUACACGGAAGCCGGCGUGGACCCGACGUGCGCAUUCCUCAUCGACCCCACGUCGGCUCUUACGUAUGCGGCGGAGAAGAGCCCGACCUUUGCGUCGUACACUGACCCACGGGCGCUCAUGUGGCUCCUCCCAAAGAUUAAGUACAAGGUGCCCUUGGCGCAUUUUCGACAAAUUGACGAGCUCACGGCCAAGGAAGUGGAUCGUGCUGACGAGUUGGAAGUGCUGCUGAUCAUGCAGCAGCAGCAGAAGCUAGCUGCGGCGGCGAAUGCGGCUAACCCGAUUGUCACCUCAGGCUCUGUAGUGGUGGAGGCAGAUGUGCUGUCACCACCGCCGCCGUUGCCCGCGCUCCCUGUUGAAAAGGAAGGAUGAUUUGAAUAUGUCAUAAAUGUGAGUUAAAAUCUUGCUUAUUUUUAU